AUGCAGAUAUCUGGCAUUUCGGAAGGUGUAGCGUAUUUACAUCGCAUGAACGUUGUUCACGGGGACUUGCGCGCUCUUAAUGUCUUGAUCGACGAUGAAGAACAACCAUGCUUAGCCGAUUUUGGACUUUCACGAAUGUUAAACGAGCUUGCGACACAGGCGCUAUCACGGCAUCACCAAGGCGGUCGAUGGACUGCUCCUGAGCUACUAGAUCCUGAGAGCAUGUGCUCAGGCCCUCCGAGCGAUUCAUCUUCUAAUCCGACCCCCAAAGGGGACGUCUUUGCAUUUGCCUGCGUAUGUUAUGAGAUAUAUACCGGGAAAGUGCCGUUCCACGAAAUGAGACGCGAGGCAUCAAUAAUCAAUGCCAUAGUGCAUGGCCGACGUCCUGUGCGGCCAGGACUGAGCGACUGUCAUUCGACAUGUCCCUCCGACAGCAUGUGGGGACUAAUUACCGAUUGCUGGAGGCAGAAGCCAGAGGAAAGACCUAGGAUGGCGGAAGUUUGCCACAGGCUUCACGACAUCAACGCAUAG